AUGGCUAAGAUUCUGGGUAGAAAUGUCAAGAGUUUAGUUAAAAAGGGUUUUUGGAAAGGAGCAUUCAUUCAUAACAGCAUUGAUCCUAUCUCCCACUCUCAAUUUGCUGAUGAUACAAUUCUCUUUGGGGAAGCCACUGAAAAGGAAGCAAUGGUUAUUAAGAAACUUUUGAAUGACUAUGAAAUAGGCUCAGGGCUAUCAUUUAAGGCAGCAAAAGAAUUAGACAAUCUUUUCAAAAAGUUUUUGUGGGAAGGAGCUCAAGAGAAAAAGAAGUUUCCUCUCAUCAACUGGGAUACAACCUGUUUAAUAAAAUUGGAGGGAGGAGCGGGUCUAAGAAAAAUGGAUUUUCACAAUCAAGCUCUUGGGGCUAAAUUAGCAUGGAAAAUGUAUUCUCAACCUCACAAAACAUGGUGUAAGAUUAUGGUGGCUAAAUAUUUGGAUUCAACUGAAGCAGAAAGGAUAUUUACAGUGGCCAACUCAAUUAAGGGAUCCCCAAUUUGGAAACAUAUUUGGGAAAGCGGGAGCAUAUUAAUAGAGCACCUGACAUGGAAAAUAGGAAAUGGUGGAAAGGCAAAAUUUUGGAGAGAUUCAUGGAAUGGUGACAUUUCUUUAGCAGAAGAAAUAGACAAGGAAUGGAUUUAUGAAGUGGAAACAAAGGUAGGCUAUUAUGUGGCAGAUUAUAUUUUGGAAGGGCAGAAGGAAUCAGAUUGGAUUAAAUGGAAAUCAGUUGGGGAAUGGAAGAUGGAAAAAAACAUGCAGUUAAAAGACAUUCUAAACAGGAAAAAAAAAAAUUAUAUAUCUUAA